GUUAUCUAAUUUACCUUAUGGUUUAAGACUUCAAAAGCACUUUAAUGUUCAAGAAGCAUUUGCCAUUGAAUUACAGCAAUGAAUUUGAGUAAUUCACUUACAAAAACCAGCUUAAGUUCAUAAUUAACGGAUUAACUUAAUUCAAGCCAGAAGAUAGGUUAUCGAUAAAAGACGUUUUAAUUAUAUUAAAAGGAAUUAUUUCAUUUGAAUUUUAACUAGAUUAGAAAUUUAUCGAAUUCAUGGAUGAUCAUGAUCAAACCACUUAGCAAUUCAUUCGCAAAUUCAAAAAAGACAUUGAAUUUGUUUAAAAUUCUUCACAGAAAUUUUAUCCUAUUAU